AAAGUUGUUGUUGCGGCUUCCGCCGUGGGUGGAGGAAGAUGGCGUCGGGGGGUGGUGGCUGUAGCGCUUCGGGAAGACUUCCUCCGCCCUUCCCCGUCCUGGAGCCGGAGUCCGAGGGAGCGGUCGGGGGGUCAGAACCAGAGGCCGGGGACAGCGACACCGAGGGCGAGGAUAUUUUCACCGGCGCCGCGGAGGCCAGUAAGCCACAGUCUCCAAAGAGAAUUGCUUCCCUUCUUCCCAUCAACAGUGGCUCCAAAGAAAAUGGGAUCCAUGAGGAACAAGACCAAGAGCCACAGGAUCUCUUUGCAGAUGCCACAGUGGAGCUAUCCCUGGACAGCACACAAAAUAAUCAGAAGAAGGUGCCAGCCAAAACACUCAUUUCUCUUCCUCCGCAGGAGGCCACAAAUUCUUCUAAGGCCCAGCCAAGCUAUGAGGAGCUAGAGGAAGAAGAACAGGAAGACCAAUUUGACUUGACAGUUGGUAUAACUGAUCCUGAGAAGAUAGGGGAUGGUAUGAAUGCCUAUGUGGCCUACAAAGUUACAACACAGACCAGCUUACCAAUGUUCAGAAGUAAACAGUUUGCAGUGAAAAGAAGAUUUAGUGACUUUCUGGGUCUUUAUGAGAAGCUUUCAGAGAAACACUCCCAGAAUGGCUUUAUCGUCCCUCCUCCCCCAGAGAAGAGCCUAAUAGGAAUGACAAAAGUAAAAGUUGGGAAGGAAGAUUCUUCUUCUGCAGAAUUUCUUGAAAAACGGAGGGCUGCUCUAGAAAGGUACCUUCAGAGGAUUGUGAAUCAUCCUACCAUGUUACAGGACCCUGAUGUCAGGGAGUUCUUGGAAAAAGAAGAGCUGCCACGCGCCGUGGGUACCCAGACAUUCAGUGGUGCUGGUCUCCUCAAGAUGUUCAACAAAGCCACAGAUGCAGUGAGCAAAAUGACCAUCAAGAUGAAUGAAUCAGACAUUUGGUUUGAGGAGAAGCUCCAGGAGGUAGAGUGUGAGGAACAGCGCUUACGGAAACUGCAUGCCGUUGUAGAAACUCUAGUCAACCACAGGAAAGAGCUAGCGCUGAACACAUCGCAGUUUGCAAAGAGUCUCGCCAUGCUCGGGAGCUCCGAAGACAACACAGCAUUGUCACGGGCACUCUCCCAGCUGGCUGAGGUGGAAGAAAAGAUCGAGCAGCUCCACCAGGAACAGGCCAACAAUGACUUCUUCCUCCUUGCUGAGCUCCUGAGUGACUAUAUUCGCCUCCUGGCCAUAGUCCGCGCCGCCUUUGACCAGCGCAUGAAGAUGUGGCAGCGCUGGCAGGAUGCUCAAGCCACACUGCAGAAGAAGCGGGAGGCUGAGGCUCGGCUGCUGUGGGCCAACAAGCCUGACAAGCUGCAACAGGCCAAGGAUGAGAUCGUAGAGUGGGAGUCUCGGGUGACUCAGUACGAAAGGGACUUUGAAAGGAUUUCAACUGUGGUCCGAAAAGAAGUGAUACGGUUUGAGAAUCCUGUCUCCUUUAGAAAGAGAAAUCCAAGGACUUCAAAAACCACGUGAUCAAGUACCUUGAGACACUCCUGUAUUCACAGCAGCAGCUGGCAAAGUACUGGGAAGCCUUCCUUCCUGAGGCAAAGGCCAUCUCCUAAUGGACCAAGGACACCAGAGCCCACCUGCCUGACGCUGCCUUUUUAUACACUGUCCUCCUCCACCUCUGCUGGACCCCAGUGAUGCAUCCUGCCUAGCCUGGACUUCACCCCUUCCUCCCUGCCCCCAUGGCCAAGCUGUCCCCAGUCACUCUAACCGGUCCUUCAUUUAGCUUCCAUAUAUAUUUUCUUACCUGAGAGAAUAGUUUCUUGCUUUAAGCAAAAAACCUAUACUAGGUGGUGGAAUUAUGGGAUAGGGGUGGAGUAUUGAUAUAAAUAUAUAAAUACAAAUGUAUAUUUUUCAGGAUGUGGUUAGGAACUGGGAAUAACAUUUUCUGUUACUCCUGAUGGUACCAUGAGAAGAUUAUGUAAUAAAAUACUUUAAAAUCGGG